AUGGCAAAAAAAGACGGAUGGAAUGAAAUCGCUGAAAAAUUCGGCAUAACCAACGACGAGGCUUAUAAAAAAUUUAGAAGCCUAAGAACAUACGCACUUAAUGAGCAGAAAAAAAAUAAAAGCGGUAGCGCUGGUGGUAGAAUCGUGAAAUGGUUUGCUUAUGAUGCAAUAUCGUUUGUUUAUAACCAAAACACCGCGAAUACAGGAUUAGACAGUGAAAAUGCAACACCUAAUGUGGAAACUGCAAACACUGACGACAGUGCUGGCCCAGAAGAAGUCGUGAAUACAGAUACAACUGACUCUGUAGAAAUCUUAGAUACUAGUCCAAAACCACGUACUAAGAGACCUAAGACUGUAGAUCCAUUAUUAGAAAAGGCUCAAAACAUUAUACGUGGUGCUGGUGAAACAAAAAGAAUUGAAUAUGCUGGUUUCGGAGAGCAUAUAGCAAACAAGCUAAGCAAAUAUGACGAUUACACCCGUGCUCAAGCAGAAUUAAAAAUUAUGCAAAUUUUGUUCGAAUGUGAUAUGUCUAUGCACAGAACUCGACCUUUGUCUCGAUUUACACCAAGUCCUAACAGUAGUAGAGGUGGAGCUAGCACAUCACAAAGCCAAUAUUCUGACAUUUCCAUACUACCACGUCAAAAUAAUAUCCAGUAUGUUAUUGUUCCUAACUCUCAAGAUGUUAAUACUUCAAUUCAAACUCAGUCAGAGCAAAAUACUUUACAGCAUGUUUUGGAUAAUCAGUCUCAAGUUCCUCAGUCGACUACUUAUGAAGAACUUGUGUCAUAUACUCUCCAGUAUGAUGAAUCACAAAAGUAAAAAUUAUUACUACCUAAGAUGUACUAAGUACCUACCUUGGUAACAUAACAAGUUUCUUCGGGAAAGUUGUUCAGUUCC